AUGUCGCUGCUUCCCGGGCAGGCGCCCACCAAGCGGUUGAGACUCGAUGAAUCAAUGGCGCCCUCCGGCUAUGCCGGUGGCAUCGGUCGUGGUGCGAAGAUUCCGAUGCAGACCCGAGCAGACAUGGGGAUGCACACCGCAGUGCCCACCAAGCGCGGAACCGAUGCCAUGUUCGGAAAUGCGCCUCCAGGGUACGUCCCAGGUCGAGGACGUGGCGCCACCGGUUUCAUUGGCGGCGUGAGUCGAGACGAGGUGGAUCGAGAUGACGACAAAGCAGAUUUGGGAGACUCCAACUACGAUGAGUUCAGCGGAUACUCUGGGUCUCUCUUCAGCAAUGCGGAGUACGAUGAGGAGGACAAGGAGGCGGAUGUGGUCUACGACAAGAUCGACGUGAAGAUGGACCAGCGUCGAUUGAAGCAACGUGAGAAGAAGAUGCGUGAGCAGAUUAAGGAGCUGCGAGCCGCCAAGCCCACGAUCCAGCAGCAGUUUGCGGACUUGAAGCGCGAACUGGCCACCGUGAGCAACGAGGAGUGGGAAGGCAUCCCAGAGGCCCAGGAGCACUUGAAGGUGAAGCAGAGGAAGUCUUCCAACUUCACCCCCACGCCGGACGCCUUACUGGCGGGCAUGGCCAGCGGCCGCGGUGUGAGCGGCUCCGCUACACCCAUGGGUGGUUCUGCUACCCCCAUGGGAGGCUUUGGAACUCCAAUGGGCAUGCGAACGCCCAUGGGAGGCGUGAUGCGACCUCCAAGGUCUUCGUACUCCGAUGGGCUUGCGUACACCCAUGGGCCUGCGCUCACCCAUGGGCAUGAACACUCCAAUGGGCAUGCACACUCCCAUGGGAAUGCACACGCCCAUGGGGAUGGCCACUCCUAUGUCGGGCAUGGGAACUCCGAUGGCGCACACGCCCAUGGCUCGAACUCCAAUGGGCAUGCAUACGCCGAUGGGCAUGGCAACGCCCAUGGGGAUGGCCACCCCCAUGGGUGCUCGAACACCGCAUGGCGGAAUGCGAACGCCAGGCAUGCGGACACCUGGCUACGGUACGCCACACACGCCGAUGACGCCCCACAGCGUGGGCGGCUCCCUGAACGAGUUGGGCGAAGCUCGAGGGACGGUUCUCGCCGUGAAGUUGGACAGGAUCAUGGACAGUGUUACAGGCCAGACGGUCUGAGCCUCAGACAAUGGCGCAGCACCUGGGAGGAGAAGGCACAAAAAGCACAGUCCAGAAACAUUGCUGUGGAUAUCUGCAUGUGGGUCAUGGAUCCCAAAGGCUACUUGACGGACUUGAACGCUUUGCAGGCCAAUCACAUCAGUCAAGCUGCGCGGGUUCAGUCUGAUGCCGAUAUCAGUGACAUUAAGAAGGCUGUGCUAUGGUCCAAGUGGGAACUUCUCCAUGGGAACAUCGAAGUCAUGCUAACUGCUGCAAUUUGCUGCCGUGACCGGAGGUCGCAGGGAGCGCGGACGCUGUUGAAGAGUGUGAUCACCAGCAAUCCGAAGCACGGCCCCGGUGCGGACCCCCCGCGGGCCUUCUCUGUGGGCCCUCGCCUUCGCAGCUCCGGCUCUGGGGCGAACCGCGGUGAGGGUGCAGCUCCGAUCACGCCGCAGCAGUUGACAGGGAGACUGAAAGCGGCGGAGACCUCCAACCACGUGCUUUUUAUGGUAGAACAGUACGAGAAUGUUCUCAAUGAGUAUCACGUGCGCGCUGCGCUCACACGCCUGGCACAGUCCAACGGCACAGCGGCAUUAAGUGAAGAUCCUGGCUUCCGGAAGCUUCUGCAGAGGACCAGUGAGCUCGUCACGACCUUCAGGUCGCAAGCUUUGGCCACCGUGCUGUGGUCCUUGGCUCGGGUGGAAUACGACCCGGGCGAGGCCUUCUUGCGCUCCGUCAUUGAUGCUUCGCUGCCUCAGCUUCAACAGUCCAAGCCACAGGACCUGGUCAACAGCCUUUGGGCCUGUGCGCGUUUCGGGUACCAGCCCGGACCCAAGUUUCUAGAGGCCUUAGUGAAGACCUGUGCCAGUACCUUGGAGGAGUUUGAGCCAAUGGAUGUGGCCAAUCUCCUUUGGUCUUUUGCCAGGCUGAACUUCCAUCCGGGCGAGGCGUUUCUGGACGCCGUCAUCGCCCGAUCCCUGAAGAUGGUGGAGAGCUUUGUGCUGGUGGAUAUCGCGAACUUGCUGUGGGCCUUUGCGAAGCUGAACGUGUCUCGGGGCGAGGUCUUGAGGCCCUUGCUACAGCAGGCCGAAGCGCAAGUGGAUAGCUUCGAACCAGCCAAGUUGGCGAGCCUUUUGUGGUCCUGCAACAAGCUCCAGUUGGACCCGAGCCUCGCACUGCUGCGGGCCCUGCCCUUCCGCUCCAACCGCGAGUUGACCGAGCUGAGGCCACGCGGUUUAUCCUACGUCCUUUGGGUCUACGGCCUCCUGGGGCACAACCCAGGCACGGCCUUCCUUCGAAGGGUCAUGGAGAAGCUGAGCAGGACUGUGCCGGCCUUCAACUACUGUGGAGCACAAGGCCUCUCCGGUAUCCUCUGGUCCUGCGCGCGCUUCAACUACGACCCCGGCGAGGAGCAGGUGACUGCCUUGCUGUCCUCGGCGCAACGGCAGUUGCCAGAAUUUACUCCUGCGCAGUUGACACGGCUACUGUGGGCCUGUGCCAAGUGCUUUGGCAGUUCGAUGCAGUCAGAAUGUGGUCAGACAUCUAGAGAGGAGACUUCAAAAUACCUCAAUGAUGAAACUAGACUUGGUUGA